UCGGCAACAAUUUGAAAGUCAUCACAACAAUAAUAAUAGUGUUGUUAAUAUUACUGUUAAUUUAAGUGAUAUCAAACGUAAGACAUUAUUAUUAUCAUCUGUGAAUAAUAAUAAUUUUAAACCAAUUGGUGAUCCAAUUGGUGAUCCAAUACUUGAAGUUAUUAAUGAAAGUAAUAUCAAUACUACUACUACUACUACUACUACUACUACUACUAGUAAUAAAUUAAGUCACAUCUCAUCAUCGAUCAGACAACCGGACUUAUUAUUAUGUUCAUCGACUGCUAGUGUUUUACCACAAAUAGUAGAUCACUACUCAUCACCAGCACAUCCAUCAUCAUCUGUUAUAGUCACCACCACUAAGACUACUACUGCUACUAAAGAUUUGUCUUCAAUAAGAAAUAAAAUCAGUUUUUUUGAAGAUAAAUCUCAAUCACCCAGUAAUGAGUUGUUUAAAAAACAAUUUAUUAGGAAAACUAAUGAAACAACUGUAGAAACAACUAAUAGAAAACAGCAAUUAGUUGAUGAAAAUACUACUACCGGUAAUAAUAAUAGUCAAGCAAUAGUUGUUAAUACAAUAAAUGUUGAUUCAUGUCAACUGAUUGAUCAUACAGUAGUUGAUCCAAAAUGUUUGGUUAGAUCAUUGAAUACCGAUAUUAUUGACUGUUGUCAUCAAUUAGAUGAUGAUAACAACAAAAAUAGUAAUACUAAUUGUGAUAAUGAUAAUCAAAAUCAAUUGCCAACUGAUGGCUACGUUAGCGACUGUUGUACCGAUUCGGUGAUAGAUAUUCACCAAUCAUCAGACAAUUUGAUCGCUACUACCGAUAGCCAAUCGCCGCUACAUAUUGUCUUCAGAAGAGCCGAUAGCAAACAUCUUAUUAGUAAUAAAAAUGAUAUCAUAAACGACAGACCGGUUCCCAAACAGAGGACAUUAAUCGGUAGAAAAGAUGAACGAAUCAAAAGAGUUUGUCAAAAAGAUUUUACCGAUUUUUUCAAUAAUAAUAAUAGCCAUCAAUUGAUUAACGAAGAAUCCUUGUCAAAGAAUGGCAAUUUGAAACCAGAUGUCAAACGAUCGUCAUCUCUGAGUCAAGACAGCGGUAUUGUCGACAGUUUUACCACAAAUACUAGUAGUAAUAACUCGUCAUUUCUACAUCAGACCAACUGUUCUAAUAAUCUAAUAACAGAUUGUCAGACAAAUAGGACUAACGAUUCAUCAAUAGAUGGUAAUCACGAGAAACAACUUGAUGGUGAUGAUGAUGAUGGCGGUGGCGAUGAUGGUAAUGAUGAUAUGUCCAUAUAUGAUGACCAUAUAUACGAAGAGUUAGGCCAUUAUCAAUCGAGCCGACAGUCGCGCACAUCAAACGAUUGGAUCGAUAUCGAGACUAAUGAUCAGCAAAAGAUCCGAAUAGAAGUGAUUCUUAACAGAAGAUCUCAUCUAAAAGCUAAUAACAAUUACAAGAGUAGACUAUCAUUCAAACCAAAGACAAAUCAAAUUCAUAAUAAUAAUAAUAAUAAUAAUAAGAGAAGAAGUAGUAGAAGACCAUCGAUGAUAAAUGUCGUCUAUAGUGAUGGCAGUGAUAGUGCCACAGAAUAUGAAGACAUCGAUGAUGAUGAUGAUGACCACAACAAUGAAAAGAUUAGUAUUAAACAACAUAUGUCUUCAGAAAUUAGUGAUAAAUCAAUGGUUAGUUUGGUUUCUUUGAAUAAAAACAACGACGAGUCUCAGCUGAGACCUAUUAGUAGUGAUCAACGAUUAAGUGAUCAUAUCUAUGAAGAAGCAAUGAUUGAUAAUAAUAUUUUAAUGGUAAACAAUGAUCGAAAAAGUUGUACGGAUUUGCAAAACAAAUUAGUUAGAGAACUAUCGCUUAGACUCUUGGAUAGCAAAACUACUAUCACCACCAGUACUACCAUCGAUGGCAAUAAAACCAUCGAUGAAUGCGAUAAGACAACAACAACUACAACAACAACUGGUAAUGAAUUAUAUAAUGAUAUUCGUUUGGAAACAUCGUGCGAACCAAACAUAUAUACAGCGACACCGCGAAGACUACCAAAUCAGAUGAUGACAAAAACUGAUCCAACAAUUACUAGUCGAUUAGAUUCAAAGACAGCUAUUGCUGUCUCCAAGUCGAUAGAUGCCAUCAACAGUGAGAUUAGGGAAAAAUUUAAUGAUAAACGAUUAACCAUUGCCAGCAACAGAAACUCAUCCAUCUAUAUCAGUCCCAACUAUAGUCAAGCCAACGAUGAUAAUGAUAAUACUAAUACUAAUAAUAAUAAUUUUAUAAUCAAUAGACGAAAUCAGAAUAAUCAAUACAAACUUAAGCCAAUUAAUUCAUUGAAUCAAUUUAAUCAAAUACCAUCGCCAUCAUCAUCGCCAUCGCCAACAACAAUGUCACCAACAAUGCGUUCGGAAUUGAUCCAAAAACAUACAUCAAUGGUGGCCAGUAUUGCCAGCUAUCUUGAGUUUGACAAUAAUCUUAUAGAUUAUUGUCCAUCAGGUGUUGGUGGUGAUGAUGAUAACAGCAUCAGCAGCAGCAGCAGCAGCAGCAACAACUGGAACUGGUCGCCAUUGAGUAGCGAACCGUUAUAUCAAUUCUAUCAAAAGGAUGUCCGCCGUCGGGCCGAACUGUGGAAAAGUUUUGAACCGAACAGCCAUACGAGUCAAUCGGAUUACGAUGAAUACGAAAUCUAUUCGUCAUCGACGGCCUACGAUACCGGCGAUGGCUGUACCGGUGGUGGCUGGAGUGGCCGCAGCGGCGGCAAUGGCGGUAGCGGCAAAAAUGAACCAAUCAAAUCCAUGCUACUCAAACGUAAUAUAUCGGCCAUGGAUUUUGUUGGCAAUGGCCCGAAUCGGACACUGUGGUGUCAUUUACCGCAAGUAAUUAAUUCAAGUGAUAAUCUACUAUCCAGACUAUCCGAUCAGGAAAAACGUUUACAAGAAGCUAUGUUUGAGAUUAUCUCAUCGGAGGCCUCCUAUUAUAAGUCGAUCAAUAUAUUGGUUAAACAUUUUCAUAAUUGUCUGGAAUUUAGUGGCAAUAGUUAUCAGCAAAUAUUGAAUCCGAUUGAAAAAAAAUCGUUAUUUUCAAAUAUACUGGACAUUAGUAAAACCAGUUGUCAGCUGUUGGCCGAACUGGAGAAACGGUUCCAACAGAACGUACUUCUCUACGAUAUAUGCGAUAUACUAUGCGAUUACGCUGUCAAUCACUUCCAGCCAUACAUCCACUACUGCGCCUAUCAGAGAGAUCAGGAAAAACUGUUGACUCAGUUGACACAAUCGAGGCCUCAGUUUCUUGAUGUACUUCAACGACUUGAAUCCAAUCAGAUCUGUCAGAAUCAGGCCUUACUAUCGUUUCUAAUGCUACCGAUGCAGCGCAUAACUCGGUAUCCAUUACUAAUUGAUGCCGUCUGUCAGCAAUUGCCCGAAACUAGUCCGCUAUUGCCGACCGCCCAGAAAUCGUUGGGUAUUAUGAAUCAAUUGGUCCGCAAGUGUAACGAUGAGACAAAAAAAGUACAGCGAAUGCAGGAACUGAUGGAAACGGUAAAGAUAUUGCAUUUUAACCGCAAAGUCAAAAGCUGUCCGAUUGUUAAGGGAACCAGAUAUUUAGUUAAGAAAGGUUCGGUUACAAGACUAUCGCCACAAUUAUCGGCAAAGAAAACCAUCGGAAAGUCAUCGACACUCAAGUGGUCAAAGAAUACAAUCUAUUUGUAUCUGUUUAGCGAUCUAUUAAUUUUGGCCAAAAAGAAAAGCGAAAACUAUUAUUCAGUAUUUGAUUACUGUAACAGAGAUACCGUACAACUGAUCUCAUUGGCCGCCAAUGAUGGCGGCGCUGGCGGUGGUGGCGGCGGUGAAGGAGUACCACUGGGUAGGGAUGUCCAGGCAUUUCGUUUGGCUAUUCCUCCAAAUUAUCUAAAUCCAGCCCAACUAAUCUUAUUGAAAAAUCAUCAAGAUAAAAUUGCUGAAUAUACUAUUAAUUUUAAUUUGGAGAGUGAAAAACUUCGUUGGAUUGAAGCCGUAUCGCAGCCAUCAUCGGAUAAUCCCAAUGAAGUCAUAUAUGAGGAAUGGGAUUGUCCUCAAGUUCAAUGUAUUCUCAGCUAUAGUGCCCAACAAACCGACGAAAUUAGUUUAGAGGAGACCGACGUUUUGAAUGUUUUCCGCAAAAUGAAUGACGGCUGGUUUGAGGGAGAGCGGCUCAGGGAUGGCCUUAGAGGUUGGUUUCCAUCGAAAUAUACCGAAGCUAUUAUCAACCAACACGUCAAGGCUCGCAAUAUGAAACUAAGACACCGAUUAUUAAUGUAUACCCAAUCGGUAAUUGAUGAACAAAAACGGAUGUCUUUUACUUCAUAAACAUUAUAUUAACUGAUAGUAUUUUUUUUAAUAUAAUUAUAAAUAU